AUGGGAAAGGGAUCGUUCAAGUACGCCUGGGUGUUGGACAAACUGAAGGCCGAGCGUGAGCGUGGUAUCACCAUUGACAUUGCUCUCUGGAAGUUCGAGACUGCCAAGUACUACGUCACCAUCAUCGACGCUCCUGGACAUCGUGAUUUCAUCAAGAACAUGAUCACUGGAACUUCCCAAGCCGAUUGCGCCGUGUUGGUCGUCGCUUGCGGUACCGGAGAGUUUGAGGCCGGAAUCUCUAAGAACGGACAAACCCGUGAGCACGCUCUCCUUGCCCAGACCCUUGGAGUGAAACAACUCAUCGUUGCUUGCAACAAGAUGGACUCCACUGAGCCACCAUUCUCCGAGUCUCGCUUCACUGAGAUCAAGACUGAGGUCUCUAACUUCAUCAAGAAGAUCGGAUACAACCCCGACGCCGUGCCAUUCGUGCCAAUUUCUGGGUUCAACGGAGACAACAUGCUCGAGUCCUCCCCCAAUAUGCCGUGGUUCAAGGGAUGGGAAGUCACUCGCAAAGAAGGAAACGCCGCUGGAAAGACCCUCCUCGAUGCUUUGGACGCGAUUAUCGCACCUUCACGCCCAACUGACAAGCCGCUCCGACUCCCACUCCAAGACGUGUACAAGAUCGGCGGUAUUGGAACUGUGCCCGUCGGACGUGUCGAGACUGGACUCAUCAAGCCAGGAAUGGUCGUCACCUUUGCUCCACAGAACGUCACCACUGAGGUGAAAUCCGUUGAGAUGCACCACGAGUCCCUUCCAGAGGCCGUCCCCGGAGACAACGUUGGUUUCAACAUCAAGAACGUCUCAGUCAAGGAUAUUCGACGAGGAUCCGUCUGCUCUGACUCCAAGAACGACCCAGCCAAGGAGGCCCGCUCUUUCACCGCUCAGGUGAUCGUCAUGAACCACCCUGGACAAAUUGCUGCCGGAUACUGCCCGGUGCUCGACUGUCACACCGCUCACAUUGCCUGCAAGUUUGCAGAGCUCAAGGAGAAAGUCGAUCGCCGUACCGGCAAGAAGGUUGAGGACAACCCAAAGGCCCUGAAGAACGGAGAUGCCGGAAUUGUCGAGCUCAUCCCAACCAAGCCCCUUUGCGUUGAAGCUUUCACUGACUACCCACCACUUGGACGAUUCGCCGUGCGUGACAUGAGGCAAACUGUCGCUGUUGGUGUCAUCAAGGCCGUCGACAAAUCUGAGGGAGCUGGCAAAGUCACCAAGGCAGCCCAAAAGGCCGGAGCCCCCGCUGGCAAGAAGAAG